AUGGAACCUAUUGAAAUUAGUAGUACCAUAAAACAUAUUCCUAAUCAUGAUUACAGCAACUAUGAAAUUGUGACUGUGGAUAGUUUUAACGUAACGUAUGAAGAUUUUUUUGAAAAAUUUAUGCUAAAAAAUUUGCCUUGCAUAAUUCAAAACGUAAGUGUGAAUUGGAAUUGCUCAAAGAAUUGGGUGGAAAAUGAAAAUAUAAAUGUUGACUACAUCAUAUCAGAAUAUGAUUGGCUGAAUGAAUUUGCUGAAGAUAACAAUGAAGAUGACUUUAUGUUUGUUUAUAUUGGUCCAAAAGAGUCGUGGACUCCCUUCCACUCCGAUGUUUAUUCAUCAUAUAGUUGGUCUGUAAAUAUAAUAGGUAGAAAAAGAUGGAUUUUACUACCUCCAGGUGAGGAAAAUAAGCUGAAGGAUCGGUUUGGAAAUUUACCAUUAUUAUUUAACCCCCAAGAAGCAAAUAAUGUAAAGUUUUUUGAAGUUAUUCAAGAAAGAGGGGAUGCAAUAUUUGUUCCAUCUGGAUGGCAUCAUCAAGUUGUUAACAUUCUUGAUACAAUUUCAAUUAAUCAUAAUUUCAUUAAUGCAAGUAAUGUGGCUCUUGUAUGGGAAGCGUUGCAAAAAAAUCUUAUAGCCGUUGAAAAUGAAAUUGAAGAAUUUAGGGAUACUCCUGAAUUUAUCACUCAGUGUCAGCUUAUCCUUAAAUCAGUUUUUGGAAUGGAUUAUACAAUGUUUUUGAAUCUUAUCAUACACAUAGGAAGUAAAAGAAUACAACAGUUUUAUGGUAAAAACGUUUUAACUUUCCAUAAAUUUUCAUUUGGUAAAAAUCACAUUCUCUUUGAUUUAAAUAUCAUAUCUCAAUUAUUAUGCCUAAUACAAAAACAUCCUUUAUAUAAAAGUGAAUGUACCACACCAAGCAUAAAAGUAAGUAUAUUAAACAUCUUAAAAACUAUUGAAAUGUUAAACAAAUAA